UGGUCAGAAGGGCGAGGCAAGCCGCGGGCUGGCGGGGGUUGAAGGGAGUGAACCACCGAGGUGGCAAGGCCUCCGAGCAGCCUAGAGUGGUCCUCCCUUGGUGCUCCCGGGGCUUGCCUGGAUUGGGCAGAUGCCGGAAGGGGCAGCCCUUCCUGUCCGCUUCUUUGGUUUGUAGGGGCUGCUCCGGAGCUGAGGGUAGACAUGAUAUUUGAGGAUGUGGCUGUGUACCUUACCCAGGAGGAGUGGAGCUGUCUGGGUCCUGCUCAAAGGGGUCUCUACAGGGAUGUGAUGCUGGAGAAUUAUGGGAACAUAGUCUCACUAGGAUUUCCAGUGCCCAAACCUAAUGUGAUCUCCUUGCUGGAAAGAGGGGAAGAUCCCUGGGUCUUGGAUAGGCAAGGAGCUAAGGGAAGAGAAAUUUUUAGAGACAACUGCUCAGUUCAUGAAAUUAGAACUGAGAAGUUACUUCAGAAACUGGAACCUUCUACAGAAAAGAAAUUGCAUGGAAUGAUGUCCAAGAGAAUUGCAGAGAAUGUCUCCCAGGGAUUUGACUUUGGAGAAGCCUGGGCCUAUGAAAGAGAAUUAGAGAAACAUCAGGAAAGUCUUGUAGUUGGGAUACUGAAGAAAUCAUUUUGCCAAAAUGGGGGUUUCAGACCAAACAAGAUCUGCAAAAAACUUUCUGUUGGUCAGAGAAACCAAAAGUAUAAUGAAUUUCAGAGAAGCUUCAGCCUGAACUCAAACCCUUUUAGACACCAGAGCAUUCCUUCAGGAGAAAGAUUCCAUCAAGAAUUUACAUGUGACUUGACUUUCAAACGGAAUUCAAACCUGAUUAAAUAUCAGAGAAUCAAUAUGAGUGAGGAAUCAUGUAAAUCUAACACAUGUGGGAAAGUAUUCAGAGAGAGUUCAACCUUUAUUGAAAGCCAGAAAAUUCACAGUGGAGAGAAACCUUAUGAGUGUGAUAAAUGUGGGAAAACUUUCAGUCAGAGCUCUAACCUUAUUGAUCAUCAGAGAAUUCACACUGGAGAAAAACCCUAUAUCUGUAAAGAAUGUGGAAAAGCCUUCCGGCAGAGCUCUAACCUCAUUAAACACCAGAGAAUUCACACAGGAGAAAAACCCUAUAAAUGUAAUGAAUGCGGGAAAGCCUUUAAUCAAAGCUCUAAUCUCAUUAAACACCAGAGGAUUCACACAGUAGAAAAACCGUAUGAAUGUAAUGAGUGUGGGAAAACUUUCAGUCAGAGCUCACAUCUAAUUAGUCAUCAGAGGAUUCAUACUGGAGAGAAACCAUAUGAAUGUAGUGAAUGUGUUAGAGCCUUUAGUACCCGAUCAUCUUUUAUACAACAUUGUACAAUUCAUACUGGAGAGAAACCCUAUAAGUGUAAUGAAUGUGGAAAAACCUUCAACCAGAACUCUAACCUUACGAAGCACCAGAGAAUUCACACUGGAGAGAAACCUUAUGAAUGUAAUAAAUGUGGAAAAACCUUUAACCAGAACUCUAAUCUUACUAAACAUCAAAGAAUUCAUACUGGGGAGAAACCCUACAAAUGUGAUAAAUGUGGGAAAGCUUUCAGUGCUCGUUCAUCUUUUUUGCAGCAUCAUAAAAUUCACAUUGGUGAGAAACCCUACAAUGAAUGCUGAAAAACCUUCAGCAGCAUUUUUUUAACCUUAGUAAACAUCAAAGAAUCUAUAAUGGAAAGAAACCUUACAAUGUAAUGAAUAUGAGAAAACCUUCAGGAUAUGCUCAUUCUUUAUUCCACAGUUUAGCAAGCAUAGCAAAAAAGAUGCCCAGUGAAAGUAACAAAUGUAAGGCCUUCAAGUGUAAUGAUUGUGGGAGAGCUUUUAGCCAGAAUGGAAACUUAUUUGGCAUCAGAGAUGUUAUACUGGUGACAAACCCUGUGUAUGUGAUGAUUUUUUUUAAACACUCAGAACUCACAAUUCACAAUGAACACAAUUCAUAAUGGAAAGAAAACCUAUCACUCUAAUGAAUAGUGCAAAAGACGUCAGGGAGAGCUCUGAUCCUAUUAAAUAUCAGAAAGUUUACACUGGGGCAAAACUGACACGAGGAGAAACCAUUAGUAACCCCUUGGGCUUCAUUUAAAAUCAUAAAAGUCAUGCUGGGGAAAAAGCAAGUUCUUUGAAUGUAGGAAAACCUUCAGUAAGAGUUCUAGAGGAUUCAUUUGAGAGAAAUCUGAUAAUGAAGAUAUUUGUAUACACAGGAAGGUGUUUCAACAAUCCGGCUAGCAGCUGCUGUGGGGGUGUAAAACCAAC